AUGGAGGCCCCGGAUGAAAAGACGGAGUCCAAGGGAGGGACAUCCUUUAUAAAGAAUGUCUUUGACAAGAUCCCCAAGAAGGAGGAUUUCAAGCGAGCUUUCUCCUUCGCCCGCCUUCUAUUCUCGUUGAACUAUACUAAGGUUGAUGUCCUGUUGAUUAUCGUCGGCACCUUCUUCGCCAUUGCCGCAGGUGUUCCCGAGCCAUUGCUUGGUAUUGUCCUUGGUCAACUUAUCAACGAGCUCAACGAAGUUUCCUGUUCCGCCACUGCCUACGAUCCCUCCUCCGUCCGAACGAAAGUCCUCUACCUCAUCUACAUCACAAUCUUCAAUUUUGCAAGUAUCUACAUCUACGCAUCAUGCUGGGGUCUUGUGAGCGAGAGGAUUGCUCGUCGCUAUCGAAAGGCUUACUUCCGUAGUGUCGUUCGCCAAGAAGCUGCUUUUCACGACAACCUCCCAUCCGGCCAAGUUAUUUCCCGGUUGGUCAGUGACAUCGAAACGCUACAGUCGGGUACUUCUGAGAAGGUCGGUAUAUAUGUCGCUACCCUAUCAUACUUCGUUACGGCGUAUGUUGUGGCCUUCAUUAAGGUCCCUGUCAUCGCAGGAAUUUUGAUUGCAGCCAUCCCCUGCUUCUUCGCCAUGGCACUUGUUGGAGGACAUCUCGCCGCUCGAUAUGGCGCCCGCGUGACAAAGAAUGUCGACCUCGCUACUUCGAUUGCGUCUUCCAGUCUGUCUCACUUGAAGAUUGUUCAUGCAUUCAAUGCUCAACAACGCCUCGAAAAUCUGUUCUCCGGUCAUUUGAUACAGUCACGGAAGAAUGCUAUCAAGAAGGCAGCUGUACACGCUACACAAAUGGGAACUUUGUUCUUCAUUGUUUACUCAUGCAACGCCCUAGCGUACUGGAAGGGUGCUCAUAUGAUCGCCGAUUCAGUUGAUGGACUUAACUCUGGUGCCUCUAUUGGUGCAGUAUAUACUGUGAUUUUUAUUUUGAUUGAUGCCACCUUUAUCUUCAGUCAGGUCUCCCCUUACAUGCACGUGUUUAGCGCUGCUACGAGCGCAUCCGGGCGCUUGCUAGAGGUUAUCAACCGCGACUCCGCCAUCGACGGUACAGGAAACACUGGAGAAGAAGCUGCCGACUUGGGAGAUGUUGAGAUCGUCUUCAAGGAUGUCGAGUUCACUUAUCCCGCCCGACCGGAGAUGCCGGUACUGCAGGGGCUGAGUUUGUCGAUCCCACCGAAGAAGCACACUGCCAUUGUCGGUCCGUCGGGUGGUGGAAAGUCCACUACUGUAGCCCUCCUCGAGCGCUUCUACGAUCCAUCAAGUGGCAGCAUCUAUGCUGGAACUCAGAAUCUUCAACAGCUCAAUGUCGCAAGCUUGCGAGGUCAAAUGGGCUUUGUGCAACAAGAAUCUCAACUACUGGACCGCUCCAUUGUGGAAAACAUCGCCUAUGGUCUCGUCGGGUCUGCCGAGGAUGAACUGGCCGAGGUUAUCCUGGACAUGCGCUUGACUGAUGUUGUCGCAAGCAUUCAAUCAGGUUGCCCUGAGGAAGAGGCUCUCGCAUCUGCUGAUCCCAGAAUCGCGGACAUUUUCAAGCGCGUGAAGGUGGCAGCUGAAAAGGCCAAUGCACUAUCCUUUGUUGAGUCACUGGCAUUUGGCGUAUCUACCUCCGUUGGUACCUCUGGUGGCCAGCUGAGCGGUGGUCAAAGACAGCGCAUCGCUCUUGCUACGGCCCUCGUUCGUGAACCCAAGAUUCUUAUCCUCGAUGAAGCAACAGCUGCCCUUGAUUCAAUGAGUGAGCAGCUUAUCCAGGCCUCUUUGCACGCACUGGCUGGAACAACCACGAUCGUAUCUAUUGCGCACCGCCUGGCUGCGGUUCAGGAUGCUGAUCAAAUCAUCGUCGUUCAAAAUGGCCGUUUGGUCGAAAGCGGCUCUCCCCAAGAACUACUCCAGAGCGAUGGAGUUUAUGCAACCAUGAUCAAUCAGCAAAAGCUUGAUAACGCCGAAUUCGAUAAUAGCCGAGGCUCCUUAAGUGACGAUAAUAGCUCUCUCACGUUGGACAAGCACGACCCGAUCUCAAAGGACACUGUGGUUGACAAAGAGCAAACCGUCUACUCGACCGAAGAGAAGGAGGGUGUUGAGGGCAAGACAGAUUCCGACAUCGCCCUGCAAUCCAAGGAGCCACAGCCGUCAAAGCGCCUUACUGCAAAGAUCUGCUUUGCCUUCAUCCGCCCCAAUAUCCUCCUCAUCAUCAUUGGUCUGUUUAUGUCAGUGAUCAUCGGAGCCAGUUACAGCUCGAACGCGAUUCUUUUCGGAAACACCGUCGGAGGGCUCAGUCCAUGCAAGGGUUCAGCCAACAUUCGAUCCAGUGGAAACCUGUUUGGAGGCAUGUUCUUCCUUGUGGGAUUUGUGGAGCUGUUUGCAAAUGUCAUCGGUGGAUGUGCCUAUGGUUGGGCAGCCGAUCAGGUUUUGUAUCGUCUUCGCAUUGCUUCACUGCGCUCCUUGCUCAGUCAAUCCAUGACAUGGCACAGUGACGAUGGACGUACCCCAGGAAUGCUCAUCGCCUACAUUACUGGAGAUGCCUCGGCGAUUAGUGGCAUCACCGGAACGACAAUGGGUCUGCUUCUUGCGACCGGUGUUAAUCUCUUCGCGGGUGUCAUUAUUUCAUUUGUGGUCGCAUGGAAGAUUUCGAUUGUACUCGUUCCAACAAUCCCCAUUCUCCUUUUGGCUGGAUUCAUGAAGCUUCGCGUGCAGGGUCAAUUUGCCGAACGUCACAAGAAGGCAUUCUCCCGGGCUACCGAGAUUACUGUGGAAGCUCUAGGGAAUCUACGCUUUGUCGCUGGAUUUUCUUUAGAAAAUCAACUCUACCGUGAAUUCCUUUCGGCUAUCCAAAAGCCUUACAAAAACACCACCAAGGCCAUUGCUUGGGGCAACUUCUGGCUCGCCUGGGCCUUCAGUGUGAGCAAUCUCAUCAGUGCUCUUGCAUACUGGUGGGGCUCUAAGCAGAUCGCUUCGGGGCUUUACUCCCAGACCCAGUUCUUCAUUGUCCUCCCAGCACUAUUGUUCAGCACGCAGUCCUGUGGUCAGAUGCUUGCUCUGGCCCCGGAUCUUUCCAAGGCAGGAAAGUCUGCUUCUCGCAUCGUUAGCCUUGUCAAAUCCAACUCUGCAGAGGAAGAUAGCUCCAGUGGAGCCAUCACUCAGUCUGCAGUGGGUUUAACGACAGAAACAAAAGAUGCCGAGGCCAGCGUUUCGUCCGAGAAAUCCCCACUCGGCUCCCCCAGCCCCGUGGGUGCGAUGCUUAACCAAGUAUCCUUCUCGUACCCCAAGACCGCCCACAUUCCAGUUCUCAAUGAACUGAAUGUUGAUUUCAAGCCAGGUGGCUUCUAUGCACUGGUUGGCCCUAGUGGCUCGGGCAAAUCUACCAUCUUCAGCAUGUUGGAAAGAUUCUACCAGCCCACUUCCGGCUCCGUUGUGAUCAAUGGACAGAACAUCAACCGAGUCUUUUCAACAAGUUUCAGAGAUGACAUUGCGCUUGUUCCACAAGAGAACGUCCUUUUCGAGGGAACCCUGGCUUUCAACAUCGGAUUGGGAGCAAGAUCUACACACACAGCUACUCAAGCCGAAAUUGAGGAAGCGUGUAAGCUUGCACAGAUUCAUGAUGUGAUCAUGAGCUUGCCCGAUGGCUACGAAACAUUCUGUACGCAUGAUGGAAAGCAAUUCUCUGGCGGACAACGCCAAAGAUUAUCCAUUGCCCGAGCUCUGGUUCGCAAACCAGGCCUUCUCUUGCUUGAUGAGUCUACAAGUGCGCUGGAUGGUGAAUCUGAACGGAAAAUCCAAGACGCGUUGGCUGCGCUCGCAGGAAAAACCACUAUCAUCGCUAUCGCUCACCGAUUGAAGACCAUCUACCGCGCAAAUCAAAUUUUCUUGAUUCAGGACGGUCGCUGCGUGGAUCGCGGUACUCACAGCGAACUUGUGGAAAAAAGCGAAAUGUAUAGGGAGAGUGUGCUGCAUCAGUCUCUUGCUACUUGA